GCAUUUGACAAUCAACGCGUAGAACCAACUGGAACCUUCUACGUAUCGUUCUAGAAGCUUUUGACGGUAUACUGCAACGUACAUCCCACUAUAUAUUCAUAUGCCGGUGAACAUUUGCCGCGACAAAAUCAAGUUAAAAUUUAAAAAAAUUUGAAAACUAAGAAAAUAAAAAUAAAUAAAUCACUAAAGUCGUUGUAGUUUAUUAUUAAUAUAAAUAAUAAAUAAAAAAGUUUUUUAAAAAACAAAAGAUGUCAUCAGAUACACGCAGUAGCACACAAAGUCCUAAAAAACCUGCAACCAAACCACCAUUUCAAGUUUCGUUUCCAAAACAGCAGAUGACUGGUCAUUCAGAUGCACGAUUUUCAAAAACUGACGACAGUGCCAAAGACCGCGUAACUGCGCCUAUGGAAAAAGAACUCAAGGGGCCUCGCGAUCAUUAUAAUCAUCCUACGCUGUCUAGUGAAAGUUAUGGAGGGUGGUAUGACCAAAACGCUAAAUCAGGAGAUCCACAAGCUGAGUUGAACAAAAGUAAAGACGAUAAUGGAUCGUCAGAAAAAGAUGUUACAGACAGUGGAAAUUAUGAAGUUAAGUCGUCGAUUUCACCCGGAAAACAAGGACCCAGGGAUAAUUACAAUCAUCCUCAGUUGUCUAGCGAAAGUUACGGAAAUUUUUACGACCAAAAUGCAGAUAAUAAAGAAUCAAAAUUUCAAACUGACAGUGGAAAAACCGAGGCUUAUUCAUCUGCUUCACCUGGAAAACAAGGACCGAGGGAAAAUUAUAAUCAUCCUCAGUUGUCUAGCGAAAGCUACGGAAAAUUUUACGACCAAAAUGCAGGCACUGAAGAACUAAAAGUUCAAACAGACAGUGGAAAAACCGAAGCUAAUUCAUCUGUUUCACCUGGAAAACAAGGACCGAGGGAACAUUAUAAUCAUCCUCUGUUAUCAAGUGAAAGCUACGGAAAGUUUUAUGACCAAAAUGCAGGUACCGAAGAAACCAAAGUCCAAACAGACAGUGGAAAAACCGAAGCUUAUUCAUCUGCUUCACCAGGAAAACAAGGACCGAGGGAAAAUUAUAAUCAUCCUCAGUUGUCUAGUGAAAGUUACGGAAAGUUUUAUGACCAAAAUGCAAGCUUAGAAGAACCAAAAGUUCAAUCAGACGGCGGAAAUGAACCCGACUCAUCAAUCGGUGAGGAGCAGAAAGGACCACGUGAUAAUUAUAAUCAUCCUUUGUUGUCCAGUGAAAGUUACGGAAAGUGGUACGAUCAGAAUGCAGGCUCAAAAUAAUCUAAUAAGUAAUUUUCAUAAAUUAUACGGCCAUAGUCGAACGCAGAAAUUCAGCAGGCCGAAUCUAACGUGCCACUAAUUUUGAAUUACUAAAAAAUGACUGCUUUUUUUUAUGGAUUUUGACUGCUUGGAACAUAUCUAUAUCCACUUCACCAUAUAUAUGUUAAAAAAUAGAGUAAGUUAAAGUAUAUAAAUUAACUUACUGACUGUCAAUCACUCGCUUACUGCCAAUCAUCAGCAUCAGCGUAAGAGCUCACUACGCUUAUUAUUGAUGAUUAUAUUAAACAAACUAAUGUUAGUAUUUGUGGUUUUAAUUUAUUAUAAAUCAAAAUUUUUAUUUUAAUAUCUACUCACAUUACCUGAAAUGUGAAAACAAAAAUUCAAAUUAAUGUUAAAUUUUAUGAUAGAUUUGUAACGUUUAUAUAAAUAAUAAAAAUUAUUUAUUGGA